GUACAAACGUCAGGCAGCUGGAGAGAGUGUGUGCUGUUCACAGGAGCUGGACUGUUUGUUUCAGCAGAUAGAGAGAGCAAAAAAGAUAGAGAGGGUGGGAGGUGCGGUUGACAGUGUGUUGGUGGUCAGAUAUGAAAGUGUCUGGACUCCUCCAGUAACUCCUUGUACUGCAAGUGAGCUGGUUUAAAGGUGACAAACUCAACAGGAUGGAUGAGCCCGACCUGAUCAGACCAAAAGUCCUGCCAGAAGAUUUGGUAUCGCUGAACCCUAGUGCUGCUGACAACACCAAUACUGAAGAUGACCCGUACUCCAUCUUGAGAGAGGAUCUGGAGACUGACGCUCGUGACUUUGAGUCUCCAACGUGGAGUUUAGCCGUAGAUCAGCAGUAUCUAAAGGCUUAUUCCAAAGAUGCCAUUAAGAGACAGGAUGUCAUACAUGAGCUGAUCCAGACGGAGAUAAAUCACGUGCGGACGCUGAAGCUGCUGCUGGGUGUGUAUGCCUACGAGGUGCGAUGCUCUCUGCAGAAGGAGGAGGUUCAGCUCGAGCGACUGUUCCCACGUCUGGAACACUUACUGAGGGAACAUCAGCAGUUCCUUAACCGACUCAAGCAGCGCCGCCAGGACUGCCUUGAACCGGACAGCAAGCAGAACUACACCAUAAAUAAGAUAGGAGAUAUCCUCCUGGCUCAGUUUUCAGGUGAGCUGAGGAGCAGGCUGCUGGAUGGUUAUGGUGUGUUCUGCAGUUGUCACACUGAUGCAAUGAACUACUACAAAGAUCUGCUGCAGAACAAUAAGAAGUUCCAGAAUUUAAUGAGGAAAAUUGGUCAGAUGGCGAUUGUAAGGAGACUAGGAGUGCCGGAGGGGAUUCUCCUUGUAACGCAGCGCAUCACCAAGUACCCGGUUCUGGUGGAGAGACUCAUUAAGAACACUGAAGAUGGAACAGAGGAGCACAAGGAUCUAACGUUGGCUUUAAAGUGCCUCAAGGAAACCAUAUCUCUGGUGGAUGAGCAGGUGCACCACUACGAGAAGCUGCGGGAGCUGAUCGCCCGGCUGGAGCCCAAAUCGCUGGGCAGGAUGAGUACCGGACUGCACAUUCGCCGGGAGGAGCUCCUCCAGCAUGGUCGGAAGCUGCUUCGUGAAGGUGUACUGAGCUGGAGAGCUCAGAACAGAGCCAAAGAUGUGCUUGUGGUGCUGAUGUCCAAUCUGCUGGUGCUGCUUCAGGAGAAGGAUCAGAAGCUGAUCUUUGCCAAUCUGGAUGGAAAGCCAGCAGUGCUCUCUCUGCAGAGGCUGAUAGUAAGAGAGGCGGCCCACAGUGACCGAGUAAUGUAUCUGAUCUCCACGUCUGAUGAGAAGGCUGAACUGUACGAGUUCAUUGUCUCCAGUGUAGAGGAGCGCACCAGCUGGUGUCAGGAAAUCUGGCAGACCAUUGAGAAUUUCUCACAUGUAAUUGAAGAGAAUGAGGAGGACCUCUCAAAUCAUUAUGACUUCUCUGAGAGGCUCAGGAGCUAUCACGAGAAUCUGUUUGUGAUUGAUUCUCAGUUGGAAGGGUUGCUGCAGGACAGGCUGAGACUCUUCAGUGUAAUGUCUGAGACCCUGACGGACAGUUCAUCUCUGCCCAAGCGCCUACUGCCAAAGUGCAGCACCACUGACCUCCUGCAGGGGGCAAUAACAGAUGCGGAGAGUCUGCAGAAUCUGCUGGUAGCUGGUGAGAGUGACGUUCCUCCUCCCCUGGCUACGGACAGCGUGGACACAGGGCUGCCAUUCAGAAAAGCCACCACCAUCACAGACUUGACUAAAAAUGGGCGCGGGCUGCAGGAUGGUUCUAGAGACAGGAACCAGAGACCCAACUCUGAUCCACAUCUGAGAGAGCUCUUUCUGGACAGCCUGGAGCUUUCUGCUGAUGAUGAGACAGACGCUGUGUGGAACUCUCCUCUUCCUCCACCUCCUCCUUAUUCCUUUAAUACCCAGCUGUUGGACACAGUGGCCAGUCUGACCCAGAAGCUCUACAGUUUGCAGGUUGCAAUGGCUCAGCAGGACAGCGAGGUUGGGGUCCUCCGCGCAGCGCUGGCCGAGCGCCCGUCCCGUAACCGUGGAGACAGCCUCCUGGUGCAGGAGAAGCAGCGUCACCUGGAGAAGCAGCGUGAGGAGCUACUGCACCUGCAGAAGGUCUACAACCAGCAGAAGCAGGAGCAGGCUGAGUGGGAGCUGGAGCACCAGCGCCACCAGCUGGAGCACCAGGCACUUCAGCAGCAGCUCAGACAGAGGGAGGAAGAGUGCGCAAGGCAGGAGGCACUGCUGGCAGAGCAGCGCGACGCCCUGCACCAAAGCCGGCAGGAGUAUCAGCAGGACCUGGAGCGACUACGGGAAAGCGCUCGCACUGUGGAAAAGCAGAGGGAGCAGCUGGAGCAGCAGCAGAAAAAGUUAAACAAACCCAACAUCGCUAACCCUGGACCCUCCUUCCACCUGGAGCCCCCUCAGGCCCCUCCACUCUACCCUGUAGACAACAUCUACCCCAGCCCUGAACAUCAUGUCAGGCCCAGCGUGUCCUCAACCAACUUCCAAGAGCGCCCCCCUCAGGUGCCCCCACGCAAAGAGAGCAUAAUGGUGUCUCCAAUCAAACAGGACGUCCCCAUCCAGCUCGUCAGCACCACCAACGAGUCCAUCAAACCCAGCUCUGUUCAGCAGCAGAUCCCCACCAAACUGGCCGCCAAUAAGGGCCGGGAGAAAAGCAGCAGCAGGGGCAAGAGCCACCAGCGCACCAACAGUGCAGCUUCUAUAGAAGUAUCUUAUUUGAUUCCUAUUAAACCGGGGAAAGAGGGAGGCAGUCUGAAAGCCAGGAGACCCACCAGCCCCCGCUCACUUCCAGCAGAUCUGUACAUCCCUCCAGGACUUGUGCUUAACACAAAGCCCCCCUUACACUCCAGCACACACUCCUCCAAUACACACUCCGUCCGAAAGCCCAGCCACGGGUCAGCCCCUCAUCAGCCGGAUCACUGUAAAAAAAAGGACAGCAGCAGCAGCAACAGAGAGGACAUUUACUACUGUUAACUGAACUGAACAGCACGGCACUCGCAGGCCUAGCCUUCACAUAAUCAAUCCUUAUUCUGCUGUUUUGCAGGCAGGAUUAAAGAGGGCGGAGCUUUAAAACAUUACUGCAGUGCACUGAGAACUGGACACCCCUGCAGUUCUCUCUGGAGGCCUCUGUAGCUCUGUGUGGACAGGUUAAGAUUGUGCAGAGAUCUGCUGUUGUAAAUAAGUGUAUUAUUUGUAUAUAAAGUUAUUCAGGUUUAGGUACUGUAAAGGAAUUCGCCACAAAAAGUAAUUGAAGCAGUCAUUAGUUUUUUGCAUAUUAGCUGCAUAUAAGAUAAAGUAUUUCCUUCUUUUUUUUUUUACCAGAUUGUGCUUUUAUUUUGAAAUCCUCUGGCCUUUUAAAAUAAGCCUGGCGUCUGCAUUGGCCGGAUUUGGGCGAGUUUAUGUAAAAUAUCACUAAUCAGGCCUCAAGAAAAGAGUCUUUAUUAUGGGUUGAUGAAAAAAACUGGACUACUGCCUCAAUGUGUUAAAAAUCAGGUAUUCUGCUACUGAGCUUUCUGGGGUUUUCUGGACUUUAUUAAACUGAUUGCAUUAAUUUCUGAGCUGAUCGAGGGAGUUAAUGUAGUUUGUGUCACUGUUGUAUAUGAAGGUUUUAGUGCUGGUUUUAUUACAAACAAUUACCAACAUUUGCCUGUGAUUCUGUGGUCUGGAAAAAUAAACAAGAGAAAAUCA